AUCAUUCUUUGUUCGUUUUCCUCGUUGUAUUCGGCCAAUACUUCUCUUUCACUGAACAAGCUUGCAAUCCAAAUCAAAGCGAACACGGUGGGUCCUGUUACCAUUUUUCCCUCGAUGCGUCUGACUUCGAAACUUCAAUAGCGUCAUGUACCAGUCUUGGGAUGCACUUGGUCUUCAUCGGAUCUCAGGACGAACAGGAUUUCCUGAUCGACAACGCCUUUGGCGACAAGUACUGGAUAGGGUUAUCCACAGUGACUUCGUUGGACAAUGCAGCUACUUCAACAUGGUUGGACGGCUCAAGCUUGACCUAUAUCAACUUCGCCAACUCAUCAUUGGCUUUUAAUGCAGGAGGAGAGUGUUUCCGAAUAGCAGGGCCAGAUUUACAGUACAAAUGGGCGGACAAGGGUUGUUCUGUAAAGGUCCAUUAUAUCUGUGAAACAGAAAACGGUAUAUCCAGUGAAGCAACCGAAGAAGUCAUGGUUACUGAAGCCAUGGUUACGGAAGUUCUCCCAAAUGGUUCCUCCGGACCGUCGAUGACAACAAACGAUGAACACGACGUGUCCACAAGCAUCGUAUCAUCGUCAUCGACAACAACUACACCAGCGCAAGACCCAGCAACAUCUACCUCUGCGACAGGGCAAGCCUCAGGGACUUUUGUAGAUUCAACAGAGAGCACUUCUGCAACACCGGACCCGUCACCUGUACCCACUACCCAGUCAGUACCUACGACUGCAACCUUGUCACCUAGAGAUAAAGUUCUGAAGCGUACUUCCACAAUCUUAAAGCUCUCGGUCAACAAUGCAAGACUUCUCGAUGCCUACGUGCAUGCUUCAUUCCGAGUCUCCUCUUUGAUCAGUUGCACACAACACUGUUUUGCUGACGUCACUUGCUCUUGCGUCACCUACAUUGCCCACGAGAGGGCAUGCUUGCUUGGCGAGGAAUGCCAGGGGGCAUCUGGAGUCAGAUAUGAUAAACGUCCUGGAGCUAAAACAUAUUUAAGGGCUUAAAUUCAUCAACUGACAAUUCAGGAUUGAUUCGUCGACAUGGUCAAUAACAAAAAUUAUGAAUAGCAAGCUGCAAUUUACUGUAAAAUUAACUGUAAAAUACAGUCUUGACUAAGUCAUUUUCCCCCAGAGAUGGCGCUAGACCAGUUUUACAUACAGAUCCUAUAGAGUUUUAAUAUAAACAAUUACAAGGAGCUGUUUAUACGAAAAGAGAGCUCUUUUAAUUUGGUUUUGAGUCAGACCAUUUUUGUUCCUUUUGUAGAAAAAAAGUAGAAACAUAUCAACAUUUAUUUUUAGAUUGUCUUAAAGUUAAAAGAUUAUGGCAGGAGGUAAUUCAAAAGUUACAUUUAAUCGAAACUGACAUUGAUUAUUGGAAACCCUUUUUUAUGGGAAUAUCCGGCAAUACUGCUAGAAUAUUUGUAAUAAAUU